UUCAGAACCGCGAUCGCGCGCAUGCGCUGCGUUGCCGUUGCGAAACUCUCGAUUUACCCAAUCCGAAACUGAUUACCGUAUUUUCUGGGUAGAGCCAGGCUGUUACCAUGCUCGGUAAUCCUUACCCAAAGGAGUUUGGAGUCUUUGAAGAGGAGGGACUCGCCGAUCCUCUCGGAGAAUUCAGCAACCUUUCCACUUUCAAUUUGCUCGAAUUCGUCCAUAACGAUAAUACGCCACUCGACAGUCCCGAUCCACAGGCUCGACAUCACAACCAAGACAGCCGAAACUUCCAAGGACUGGCACACGGUCACCAACAAAACCCACACGCUAUGUUCCAGAAUGCCACACGUUUACCCGAUUCACCUCCCAUAACCGACAUAUCGGCAGCGGGAUCAUCGGGAUCUCCAGAAAGCAAUUCGGAUGCUCCUUAUUCUCCAGAAAAUUAUCCAAAUUAUGUCGGUAUCCAUGGAAAUCUGAACAAUAACGGCUUAAUUCUUGGUGUUCCUGGAAUCAUGACUCAUGAACUUCAUCAGCCUCCUCAUAAUCCCGUAUCGCAUCCAAUGACAUCGCCACAAAAUGCCUGCUUCAUGAGCCCUUACCCAUCCAGUCAGCCAACUCCUGGAAGUUUACCACAGGUUUCUCCACCAGUUUCGGGUGGUCGUCAUGAGAAUCAGCAGUACAUUGUCAAUAAUGGCUAUAGCCCAGGAUUGUUUAAUAUUUUGAGUGUUUCGAGCGAAGGCAGCGUAAAUAGCCAGCAGGGUGAAGCUCCGAGGAAACGCCCGCGCACCGAGAAUCAACUCUUGGACCCACCAAAAUUCCUGCCAAAUUUUCCCGGUGUGGGACAAGCAUCUCUAGCCGCUAGUCCGAUCGACUGCAGUUAUCAGGACGAAAAUUUCUCGCAGCAGUUCAAGGUGAUCAAGUUCUCGACGUUCCAAGAAGACCAGUGGAGUCCUAUCUACGACAUCAAUCAUCAGCAGUUGACUAAACUGAAAAUCUGCGUCGUGGCCGAUAAAGGGUUCAACUACUCGAUUUCUGAUGGCUGUUUUGUCAAUCAGAAGAAGAAUCAUUUCCAAAUUUCCGUAAACAUUGAAGCAAAUGACGAGAAUCCACCAAAAUUCGUCAAAGUUGAUGGAGUUAUGCACCCCAUAAAAGCUAUCAAAUUAGCAUUUUGUGGAGUCAAAGCCGAAAUGCUAACGUCUGAGAUUCAAAUCAAGCAAUCCCAGACUGAUCGCAAGCCAAUUCCCCAUGAUCCAGUCAUCCUAAAUAUUCACGCUCGUGAGAUUACCAAGGUGACGGUGCCUCGUCUGCAUUUCUCCGAAACCACCCUGAACAACCAGAGAAAGAACAACCGGCCGAAUCCGGAUCAGAAAUACUUCCUGCUCGUUGUUCGCCUUUUGGCAUGCAUUGAAAAUGGUCCACCAGCUCUGAUCCAGGCGCAGCAAUCAGAGAAAGUCAUCGUUCGGGCCACCAAUCCUGGCUCAUUCGAACCACCAGAGAGUGACGUACAAUGGUAUCGCAACGGCGGUACCCUCGUCUGUCAUGGUCCAGUCGCAAUUGGUACCGAUCGUACCGCUGCGAAGCUUACAGUCGAUGGAGAUAUUUAUAUGACCGGGCAGAUGACCCGCCCGUCCGAUAUUCGUCUGAAAGAGGACAUCGUGGAGAAACCAUCGCGCGAUGCACUUGAACAUCUGCAACAGCUGCGCAUCGUAGAUUUUCGCUAUAAACCUGAAAUCGCCGAACUUUGGGGGCUGAGCGAGGAGCAGAGGCGACGUACAGGGCUCAUUGCGCAGGAAUUGCAAGCUGUCCUUCCCGAUGCUGUUCGCGAUAUAGGCACACAUUUGACUGUUGAUGAAUCACGUAUCUUCUACGAAACAGUGCUGGCGAUGCAGGAACUGUGCAGGUUGACGGGCGAUUUGGACACGAAGAUUGACGAUAAGGUCGAAGAGAUCAGUCAGCGACUUGCGCGAUAUGCUAGAAGAAAGAAGCUAAUCGGCUCCAUCGCUUCAAACCUUAGCGACCAGUCAUCCGGCAUCGUUGGGGACACUAAAAGCUACUUAUCCUAUUCACGAACUUCGCUUGCGUCAACUUCGCCAUCCAUCGUUAAGGAAAGAAGCGAAAGGCGAAAGCAACGCAACUGUCGCUCCCAAUGCCAUCGACAAGAAACCCUAUGCAGUUCCAAGCUCACCCAAGGGACCAUCAUUACUCUUGUAGUAGUGAUGGCCGCUUGUCUAAUCGCAAUGUGCGCUCUGUACGUUCUUGAUUGGCACAAACGUAAUUAUGGCUAUCAUCAUAUCUACCCACCAAAUGCUACCCCAUCGACAAAAUCUGGAGGAUCUACGGAAGGAGUUGGACACAUGAUAUACCAAAUUGAUCAUCCAUAUCUACCGAUGCUACAACCGGAUGCGCCGACUUUGAUGCCGACUUGUCGGACGAAACAUUGUCAAGCAUAUUGUUGCGCAGAUCGGGCCACUUAUCGCUCUGGAAAUAAAGCUAAUGAGAUGGACGCCAUAGUUACGCUGGGUGAUCGUACCAGAAAUAUGAUAGCGCGAAGUGCUCCGGAUGUUUCCGUCAGGAAACCGCUUGGCACGGGUGUCCGCAUCACAAUCCCCACCCUAAAUGCUACAAUUGACCAUCGUUACUGUAUCGAACAAAGCUGCAAUAAGAAACGUGGACGUUUCAAUAUGUACAUCCCUGUCUCGCCUUUUCUGCCCACACUUCCGCUGGAAAUCGUCUUCACGGUCCCAAAAGGAAAGCUCAUCAACAACUGUGGCUAUCUGGCCGACUUCCAGCACAAAUACUGCCCUCUUCAAGGCGACAGCUUCAAGGCAGAACGUCUACAGUAUCCAGUAGCCAAUCAGAUAGCAGACGAUAUUUUCGAGUUAUCAGUGGGCAGUUAUCUACAAUCAGCAUAUCGUUUCCGUGUUGGAUUCACAACGGAGUCAUGCUUUUCCAGUGAGGAACACCUUCAUGGAGGUUACGAGGAGUACAAUUUAAUUUUUUACCGUACUUGCGCGCCACCGACGGGAUCCACUAACGCACCAUCGGCGUGAUUUUUCCACUCCCCUUCUCCCCAUUAAUCAAGCUUUUGUAAAUUGCAGGGAAUCUUGAGUACUAAUUUACGAAUAUUUCUUUCCUACUGUUUCUAAUUUUUAUGCCAUUUUAGGGGCAAAUUGUCGUUUUUUUAAAGAUGUUUUUAUGUGCUGAUUCAUACAUUUUCUUUCCCACCUGGCUGAAGUCAUCUAUGAGCUUUUUUAAACUUCGUCUCCCCCCCCCCCCCUCCCUUCCCCACUUGUAAUAUUCCACCUCCAGUCUUUUGUACCUCUUCAGGACAACAUACAUAUUCUCCCCACUCUCCUGGUUUUUUUCCAAACUACCCUCCACAGAUUACGUGGCUCCCAACUGGCAAGGCAAAAAUGUGCAAUUCCUGCUGACAAAAUUCUCUUCUAUCCCCGAGUGUUUUUAGAUUUUUACGUGUACUUGACGUUCUCAGUCAAUCACCAUGUUUUCUAAGCUAUUUUCCAGUCUAUGCACCUAUUCUGUUUAAUUUUUGUCAUAUGCAUCUAACUUCCUUCAGUCUGUACACACUUUGGUCGGAUUUGGUAGAUUUUAGCUGAAAGCUGUUUAUCAACAAGCAUGCAGUUGUUUACAAUUGUUCACGUCUCCUCUAGAUGUGACUUGAUACGGGC